AUGGGCAGCACCUACCAGAAGAUUCUCCAAGAGAUCGCUAUCAUGAAGCGCUGCCGCCAUCCACAUAUUGUACGCCUGCUCGAAGUCAUAGAUGAUAAAAUAUACAAAAAGAUAUACAUGAUUAUGGAGUUUCUGGGAGGUGGAGAGAUCAAGUGGCGAGACAAGGACGGGAACCCACUCCUACGCGUAGACCAAUCCCGCCGAAUCAUCCGAGACGUCGUCCUCGGUCUCGAAUAUCUACACCACCAGGGCAUCAUCCACCGCGACAUUAAGCCCGCCAAUCUCAUGUGGACCUCUGACCGUCGAACCGUGAAGAUCACCGAUUUCGGUGUGGCACACAGCUCCUGGGCGCAACGGCUAGCCGAAUCGGGAGAGGAGAACGCACACCGCGACUCCACGGAUCAUCUCUUCGACGACUCGGAGCUCGCCAAGACGGCUGGCACGCCUUCGUUUCUCGCGCCCGAGGUCGUGUGGAACGGGAGCAGCGUGAGCGAGUCGACGACGCCGUCAUCGGGAGCGCAUCUCUCGCCGUCACCGAGGCCUCCCAUCACGAAAGCCAUAGAUGUUUGGGCGUUGGGAGUCACGCUUUACUAUCUGCUCUUCGGUGAGAUUCCGUUCCGUGCAGACUCGGAGUGGGCACUCUACCAGGUCAUCGCCACGGAGGACUGGACCGUUCCAGAGACAAUGGGCCUCGAUCGGAUUCCUACGGGUGGUCGUCAUCCCACGCCAGGGCCGAACGGGAAAUUGUCGGAGGGUGGUGUCGUGGUGUCGUUCUUGGAGAGAUUGCUGGAGAAGAACGCGUCGAAGCGGAUAACGCUCGACGAAGUCAAGGUGAGAGUCGUUCAUCUAUUUUCAACUAUCUAUCGCAUCCCAUAA